AUGCUGUUUGGUCAGCUUGUCUGCUACGGAUGCCAACGCAUCCUCACCUACCCCCUCGGCGCCGUCAGCUGCCGCUGCCGAUUGUGCAAUAGGGUUAACGCGGCGCAAAACCUGCAGGUGAAGUGCAGCACAUGUAGACAGGUGCUCCAUGCGCCGAUCAACACGCUAGCUCUACUGUGUCCGUGCUGUGGUACCGUAACUGACAUCCCAGAGGAGCUACUCCCACCGCUGCCGAGCUGCGUCGAUCUCGGUGAUGGCGAAGGAACGGAAAAGGUCAUUUACGUCUCACACCCGACUCUGCCCCCUCGGCCGCGCCUCAACGGCGAGGCCAACAUGAACGGACCUACCCUCACUGGUUCACGGAGGCCGUCGACGCAUUUCAUGGAUGAACAACGGCGCUCGGCUUCGCACGCGCGGCGCCGCUUUUCGCGCCGGGAGCGUGAGGGUGCAGCAACACAGGGAAACCCGGAGGAGGCCGUUGUCGAUGUUAACGCCGAUGGCGCGCUCGAGGCUGAAAGAGCGCACAAGGCGGAUGGAAGGCGCACAGGUACCAUUGCACCCAUGGCGCCGGAUCAAGCUUAUGUAUCAUCGGCGGUCAGCGAGCCGUCGAGGAGGGCGCAGCGGGUGGCCCCGAGCCGCCUGGCGCCAACGGUUAUGAUAGGGACACGCAUUCUGUGA